CCCGUAGAUGGCAGCGCUGCAUCCUCCCCAUACCCACAGCACAGAGAGGGCGGACCGCGGAGCGAAACGCAUGCAGCGGACUAUCCUGAAAACAUCAAACCGAACGAAAACAGGAGUGAAGAAAAUGAAAGGGCGGCUGCUGAACUUUGGGACAAAGUAGUUUGAUAAGCGAAUAUUUAUUCUGGCGGAGAAAUCUACAAACUUUCCCGAGAAAAGAGAAAUCUGGUCGACCAUGCAGCACUACGGGGUGAACGGCUACUCUCUGCACGCCAUGAAUUCCCUGAGCGCCAUGUACAACCUUCACCAACAGGCGGCGCAGCAAGCGCAGCAUGCACCUGACUACAGGCCCUCAGUGCAUGCGCUAACACUUGCAGAGAGACUAGCAGGUUGUACAUUUCAAGACAUAAUUCUUGAGGCCCGCUAUGGCUCCCAACACAGAAAGCAGCGACGCAGUCGCACAGCCUUUACUGCUCAGCAGCUGGAGGCUCUGGAGAAAACCUUCCAGAAGACCCACUACCCUGAUGUGGUGAUGCGGGAGCGGCUGGCCAUGUGCACCAACCUGCCUGAGGCCCGUGUGCAGGUCUGGUUUAAGAACCGUCGGGCCAAAUUUCGUAAGAAGCAGCGCAGCCUCCAAAAGGAGCAGCUACAGAAGCAGAAGGAAGCAUCAGGAGCUGCUGAUGGCUCAGCAGAAGACUCUAAAACAGACCUCAUAACAACUUCUAAUCCCACCACCACUGUGGUUCCUGAGGUGCGCACUCCUCCUCCUCCUUCCUCCUCUUCAUCCUGUCACUCAGAGUCAGAGCGGCUGGCCGCAGCACGGCCUCAGCCAGGGGAGAUGAGCGUGGAAGUCAAUGUCACGUCCCCAGAGCCGUCAGACAGCGAGUCAGCAGCUGAAGAUAACGCUGAGCGAGAGGAGGAUGAAAUAAGUGGGGAGUCGAGGGUGAAACUCAGGGAAGAGGUGCAAGAAGAUGGGUCCGUCCAAGGGGGAAGACGCUCUCCGUCCUGCAAAAGACUCAGCCCCACGUCAGACUCUCCAUUAAGCUCCCCGGCCCUGCCGUCUUCCAGCAGUGUAACCAGCGGGUUGGUUCAGAGCAACUCCUACGCCUCGUCUCCCCUCAGCCUCUUUCGACUGCAGGAGCAAUUUCGGCAGCACAUGGCAGCCACAAACAACCUCGUACACUACCCAUCCUUUGACAUGAGUGCAUCAUCCUCCCUGCCCUACCUGGGUAUGAAUGUCAACAUGCCCUCCCCACUGGGCUCCCUGCCCUGCCAGUCCUACUACCAGACCCUAUCACAGGCCCAACAGGUGUGGAACAGCCCGCUGCUGCAGGCGGCACCAGGCAGCCUCCCGGGAAGCCUUAACAGCAAGACUACAAGCAUUGAGAACCUACGGCUGAGGGCCAAGCAACACGCAGCCUCACUGGGACUAGACACGCUUCCCAACUAAAGCCCCUGGCAGCAUUUCAGGCCGAAAAUCCAAGUUUCUUCUCAGCCUCUCAAAACAACUUUAUGUAUGCGUGCAGAUUUCCAGCAGAAACCCAAGAACGAAUCAGUGUUAUCUAAAAUGUGACCACAAGAUGUUUUGCUGAUGAAGUGUUUAAUGUCCAUCCAAAUUUUCUAAUUAAAAUCCACUGAACUGCUAAGAAUGUUUAAUUUGCAUUGUGAAAACAAGAGUUCAGUGGUAAACUGGAGAAAGAAAACAACUUUCAAAGCUUUCACUAAACACACAAACUGAGCUAAAGCAUGCACUUUGGAGGAGCUACCUCAAUAUGGAUUGUCAACACACACUUUCCCAUUGCCAUGUUAUUAUCAUCACAGCCUUGCACCUCUAAGACAAGAAGAAAACACCUUCCGGUUGGACUUAAGGGAUAACAACCAUAACCAUCCUGUCUUGAAUGCAGUUGCGACUAAAGAGUUUGUUCAUCAUUGGAUGUUACUUAAAUUAACUCUAAAAGGCCAACAGUAUCAGUUGCUGCCCACUAUGAUUAAGUCAGGGCUAAAAGGUUCAUCUGAGAUUUUAAAUAUUCUGUAACCCUACAAGAUCCAUUGAACAUAACAUGUACAUGCAUGAGAUCAUUUAAAGCAUGGCUUAUACAGCCACCCAACACAACUAUCAUGGGAGCAGAAAAAGACCUGAUACCACAACUACAAGUCUAACCACUCUCAAAGACCUUCUUGUCUGAACGUAUUAUUCCCAGCUUGGACUAAAUGGAGUGCUGUAUAUAUCCCCCAAUGCUCACCCCCAUCAAAUUGGUUUCAAAGCAACCCCAAGUCAACUUUUGUGCAAAGGGUUUAAGAUGAAAAAAAAAUCUAUUUAUUUCCCAAAUAUGACCUCGAGCGACAUGUCUGACCGCUGAAAUGGGGAAAAGAAACUGCAAUUGCCAACAUCUUUGUGCUUGCCAAUUGCUUCAGCAGAAAGAAGCACAAGCUAAAUCACUGUAUUAUAUAUCACUGUAGAUUACAGACAUGUACUUGUCAAUUGGUUGAAAAAUGAGUAAUUUAUCUGUUCAAUGCAAGAGAAUAAAUUGUAAAUGAAGUGUU